AUGCAUUUUAUUUCUUUCAUUGCUUUCUCCUUGGUGACCGCUAUUCCAGCAGUCAGUGCCUAUCCCAUCACUGGGGACAGCGUCAACUGCCGUUCUGGCCCCGGAACAAGUCAUUCUAUUGCGAGGACCUACAGAAAGGGCGACGAAAUCAAAGUCAGCUGCCAAGCCACCGGCACCAAUGUCAAGGGGGAUGAGCUCUGGGAUAAGACAGCAGACGGCUGCUAUGUUGCCGACUACUACGUCAAAACCGGCAGCUCGAGCUACGUCACUAAGAAAUGUCAAAGCAGCGGCAGCGGCGGCGGCAGCCCUGGCUCUGCAAAUGGCAAAGCCAUAGUGGCUGCAGCCGAGAAAGAAAAGGGCCUUCCCUACAAAUGGGGCGGCGGUGGCUGCAACGGUCCAACCGGUGGCGGCUUCGACUGCUCCGGCCUGACGCAGUAUGCUCUCUGUCAGGCAUUGGACAAGAAAAUCCCUCGGGUGGCUCAGGAUCAAUACGACACCAGUAUGGGCAAGAGAUAUCCUCGCUCGGAAGCUAAGGAGGGUGACUUGCUAUUCUGGGCUACUGGUGGUGAUUGCAAGAAGGGUGUUUCUCAUGUUGGGAUUUUCAUCAAGGAUGGGUUGAUGAUAAAUGCUGCUCAUACUGGAACACCCGUUCGUGAGCAGGCUAUUUGGACUUCUUAUGGGAGUGAGAGUAUUUGCCCAUAUGUUAUGAGAUUUGUUUGA